AUGGAGAGGAAUAGUCGAACUAUAACUCCAACUGAACGCAUGGAUAAACACUCCUACAUGACAAAGCUGAGGACAGCAAACGCAGCGGGAAAAUAGAAACAAAAACGACAAGCUUGAGAAGGCAUCUAACACGAAGAAAUUAAAACCUUUGUUCGAUAAGAAAAACAAAGUUGAUGUCUGGCUGUAGAUAACUUACCAGUUUUAAUGUAAUACCCAUCUAUUGAUAUAAACAUUCGUAUGACCGAGUUUUACAUUUUUUUCCAUAUAAAAUAAUCUUUCUCUUUUUUUGAAAUCACAAAAUUCUAACAAAAUACCAGGUUAAAUCAAUCGAGCAUCACUUCUCGAAAGCCUGUUGGCACUUAAGUUAUACCACGAACGGAUGUGAGGAAAGGGUGCAUUGAAAAGACUCAACCCCUUUUUCUUUCUAUCCCUCUGUUUCUUUUUUUGUUCGCUUAAACAAUAGAGAGAGCGAGUCACAGACACUGAACCUGCUUUCAUGCCGUCAGUCUCGCGGACUCUGAGAUGGACGUGAGAUUCUAUCCGGCACCCCCUUCGAGCGUGGGUUCAUGUUCAUUACCAACCGAUUCGAGUUGCCUGAGCUCUUUGGACUAUUACCACUGCAACAAGAACAGAUACAGCGCAGGCGAGCGCGGAGUUAGCCUCUACAGCUCACUGCCAAUGUGUCCCACCCCCAACAGGAAAAGACUGGCCUCUGCUGGGUUUGAUGGUGACAACAUGUACAUGAAUGAAAAUAACCAGGAGUUUCUUUCACCGAAUCAGAGCUACUCCGGUCAGGGCGGGGGUAACAGCGGCGGCGGCGGCGGCGGUGCAGGCGACGAGGACUACGAGAUCCCCCCCAUCACGCCCCCCAACCACCCGGACCCCUCCCUGCUGCACCUGAUGGACCCCGAGACGGGCUACCUCUGCCACUCCCUGCCCCACAACGGCCUGAUCAACCCCUACUCGUACCCGGAGCUGCCCGCCAUCAUGAUGUCCAACAUGCUGGUGCAGGACGGACACCUGCUGGCCGGCCAAAUGCCCUCCAUCCAGGAGAUGGCUCUCCCGGACGGCUCGCGUUAUGACAGCGCCCGUCGCGGCCCGCUGAUAAACAGAUCGCCUAGGAUACUGUCCCGUCACAUGACCGCACUGUCCCAGCUCAGCUCCCUUGCCCACGGUUCUCCCUCACCUCCGGGAAGUAAAUCGGCCACGCCCUCCCCCUCCGGCUCCGCCCAGGAAGAGGAAACUGAUUCCCACUCAAAGAUCGCCGGGGAGAAACGGCCUUCAUCGGAGAUGAUCAAGAAGCCCAAGCCCCAGAAGAAGAAGAAGAAGAAGGACCCCAACGAGCCGCAGAAGCCCGUCUCGGCCUACGCGCUCUUCUUCAGGGACACGCAGGCCGCCAUCAAGGGCCAGAACCCCAACGCCACCUUCGGGGACGUCUCCAAGAUCGUGGCCUCCAUGUGGGACAGCCUGGGGGAGGAGCAGAAACAGGGUUACAAGAGGAAAACAGAGGCUGCCAAGAAGGAGUACCUGAAAGCCCUGGCCGCGUACAGAGCCAGCCUGGUUUCCAAGACCUACAGUGACCCAGUGGAGACGAAAAGUGCCCAAACGACCCAGCCUUCUCACAUGAUGCCACCCAAACAGCCCCUGUACAGCGUGCCCCCCCAGCCCUCCUCCCCAUACCUGGGCCCGGGGUCCUUCCCCCUGUCCGACCUGCAGAGCUACGCCGGGCCCCCCCGCCACGCCCUCUCCCGGACCCUCAGCCAAUCGCAGAUGCUGCCCAGCAUUAGUGCCUCUCCCCCCUCCUCUUUCCAGAUCAGCCCCCCGCUGCACCAGCAGCUGUCCCUUCACCAGAGCACCUUCCUCAACCAGCCAAUCCGCAUGCAGCAGGUCCAGACGCAGCCAAUCUCCCACCAGAUGGGCCUUCAGGCCUCUCUCCAUUCACCUCCUCCUGGCCAGCAGGGAUUCCCUCACCUGCAGUCAGAGUACCAGAACAGCGUGGGGCCCCAGUCUCCGGGGGGGGCGCCCAACCCGGUGAGUGGACAGAACCAAGAGUGGGACAGCGAGUACUGCAAUCGCGAGUGCGGAGGCAACCACUGCAGCAGUACCAUGAUAGCCAGGGACAAGCCACUCUACCUCACUUGAAGCUGGAUGACCUUGACAAGAAUAUACACCAGGGAGUCCCCCCACCCCUCUCCCUCCCCCUCCCCAAACCAAUGCCACCACCAACAACACCAACACCUACCACCACCACCACCACCAUCACCCAUAACUUCUAUUUUUGUCAAUGUAUUUUUAAUUUUAUUUUUUUCCAGUUGUUUCUAGAAGGAAAGACUACUAGUGAGCCUUUAAUUUUUUGCCAAGCACUUAGAAUUUCCAGGCCUUACUCAGAGCCAGGAACAGCACUCAGCUAUCCUUUUAGAAAAAUAAAUAAAUAAAAUAUAUAUAUAAAUAAAAAAAUCUAUAUAUAUAUAAACAUGGGCCUGUAUUUUAGGGGUCAUUCAGCUUUAAUAUAUGAAGACAGAAAAAAAAAUCUCUUCUUGAUUGCUUUUUAUUUCUUUUAUUAUUUUAUUUAUUUCUCGCUUGCUACAUGCUUUGCCAUGGACGUUUCCUGUAGGGAAUUACUUUUUGCUGGUAGAUUCAGCACAGGCCUUGAUGUUAGAUUGACUACUGGGGUCUGUGAAAUUUAAGGAUGGAAAAGUGGAGGAAAAGAAAUAGAUUCAACAUUUUUGUAAUAUUAAAAGACCUGUUAAGGUUUACCAAUCUGUCACAGUGUGAUUGUAAAUAUCACUUUUAUGGGAACAAAUUGGGAAUCUCGAGUCCAGAUAUUUUUUUUCCUCUUUUACUACAAGCUGUAAUUCCUUGAUUUGUAUUCAAAAUGUUAUUCUUUGGAUUUUUUUAAUUUUUAUUUUAGUGUUUUGUGAAUUUUUAGCAACUUGUGCAGGUGGAUUUCGGAGGAGGGUUUCACACACUAAAUCUCGCAUUAAAACCGCGCUGGCCGAGCGUGUUUCUCCUGUAAAGAGAAAUCUAAAGACUAUUAAAGAUUUAGUGUCCCAAGCCAUCGUUAAAGGACCCCUGAGGGGGGAACCUUGAUGGUCAGAUUGCACCGCUGGACAAACAAAAAGCAAACAAAAAAAAAAACAACAAAAAACAAAACAAACAAAAAAAAAAGGUGAAAAAUGAAGGCCUGCUCCUUGUUUUGUUUCUUUUCCGGUGAACUUUCAGUCCCCAUCACAACUUGUACAGGUGAAUUAAAAAAAAAAAAGAAAUUGCUAAAUGUGAAAUGUUACUACAAAUAAACAUAACAGUGGGUUUAUAGUUUUCCAGUAGUUUUUGCUAGAUGUUUUAGAAAUUGUGUUGAACUCAUCCUUAUAAUUUUUGUGGGAAAAAAAUAAUAAUGCAUUUCAUUUCUAAGACAUAAUUUUAUAUUCACGGUAGCAUUCUUUUAAGUUUUUAAGAAACAAAUAAGGAGGAAGAGUAUAAGUUGUGUACAAACCUGCCAAAUGACAUGUAGUUUUUAUUUGUAAAGCCAGUGGUAAAAAGCCGUUUAACUGUUGUAUUGCAUUAUCAUUUUUUUCUGCAGUUUGCCCAUAUUUUAUUUAAUUUUAUUGACUAGUUUCCUAUCUAUUUAUGAGUGAUAUGGAAUAACGUUUUGGCUUAUUUUUACGAAGGUGCAUUAUUAUUUUUUUUUUAUUAUUAUUUUUGUUUGAUGAUGAUAAUGAUUAUUAUAAUUUUUACAUUUCUUGGAGCUGGUUCUUUCUGCUCCUACCAGCGAAUUCAUUUUGUGUCACAACGCUUCUUUUAUUUCAUUUGUCUGUAAUAAAAAUGUUAAAAGUGGAA